UAAAUGGAGAAAUUAAUUUUUCUCUUAUUUUUUUCAAAUGUGAUUACUUGGAAUUUUGAAACACAAACAGCAAUUAAAUUUAAAGGUCAACCUGGUUCUUAUUUCGGAUUUUCUGUGGCCAUACAUAACAAUUCCGAAGGAAUUUUGCCUUUAGUUGCAGCAACAAAAGACGAUUUAACAGGCGCACUGUAUAAAUGCAACAUAACUAAUAGGAAAUGUGAAUAUGUUUUAGAUAAAGGGAGAAACAAAAUUGAAACCCAAAAAAAUACAUGGCUCGGUGUAAGUUUAGAUGUUCAGACGAAGGAAAAUGGACACGUCGUAGUAUGCGGACAUUUAUGGACACCUGAAUCAGUAAAUUCACAUUUGCCUGUGGGUAUUUGUUAUAUAUUGAGUAAUGAUUUCAGGAAAGUGGCAACAGUUACUCCCUUCAAACGAAAAGAUUACUGGAUUCGGGCUUCUUCUUCACAAACUGGAUUCUCAGUUUCAUUCGGACAGGAUGGAAAUGAUAAUUUAUUAAUCGGAUCACCUGGCUUUGAUUUCUUUAACGGUACUGUGUUAAGAUAUAAUUUCUUAAAUGACAAGUUUAUUGAUAAAAGUCUUUUCCGUUUUAACUUGAGAGCUCAAGAAAAUGACAGUUAUAUAGGAUAUUCUGUCUCGUCAGGAAACUUUUUUUAUUCAGACAGCAUGAUGUAUGCAGCAGGAGCGCCUAGAGCCGGAAAUUAUGCAGGAAAAGUCUAUAUCUUUGAUGAAGAAUCUAUAGUUACAUUGGAAUUAGAAGGAUUUCAAAUAGGAGAAUAUUUUGGGUCAUCCAUUCUAAGUGUCGAUAUCAAUAAUGACAAAUUGACAGAUCUAUUUGUCGGCGCUCCCUUAUAUUCUGAGAAGUUCGGUGGGGAAGAAGGAAGAGUUUAUGUUUAUUUAAGUCAGGAUAACAGACUGCAAUUCAGAUCAAUAUUACGUGGAGGAAAGGAUUCGAAGAAAGGAAGUAGGUUCGGCACUAGUUUGGCUUAUAUCGGAGAUAUUAAUCAUGACAAAUAUUCAGAUAUUGCCAUUGGAGCACCAUACGAAUCAGAAAGAGGCGCUAUUUACAUAUAUCACGGUUCUCUCCAUGGAAUUAAAUCUCAAUAUGUUCAGAGAAUUUUUGCUGCCGAAAUCGACGAAUCUUUGACGGGUUUUGGUAUAUCUAUAUCGAGACCGGUUGACGUAGAUUCAAAUAAUUAUUCUGAUAUUCUCGUUGGAUCUUUUUUAUCAGACAACGCAAUACUCUUGAGGUCUCGCCCCAUUGUGCGGGUAUUUCAUAAUAUCACAUUUCAGCCUCACCAAAUAAAUCCGAAGAAGUCAUCUUGCAAUUUUACUACAGGACAUUGUUUUAAAACUAUUUAUUGUUUCGGAUACGAGGGAAUUUACGUACCCUUGAAACUCGAUUUUGUUGUGGAAUUGCGUUCGUUUCGUCGAAGAAACUUUCUCCAACCUCGAGACUAUUUCACAGAUCAUCGGAAUAAACAAACUUCAUUCAUACGCCAGGAAAUUAUAAUGAAAAAAGGGAUAACCGACUGUAUUAGUUAUGACACUCAUGUUCGAGGAGAUUCCGACGAUCAAGUGAAUCCAAUACAAAUAAAUUCGAUUUUAUUCUUAAAACAUAAUAUUUCCGAAGAAGUAUCGUUUUGUAAAGAUUGUCCCGUUUUAGAUCCUACGUUUCCAAAUUUUACAGUUGGCGUGAUAAGUUUUCGUACUGGUUGUGCUCAGAGUGACAAAUGUUCAUCUGAUCUGAAACUAAACGCCAACAUAUCUGGUCUGAGGUGAGUAAAAGAACUUGAAUUAAAUUUUCACUAAAAAUAAAA